AUCUCCAGACAAGCGCAAUGAAAUGGUUGCAAAACUGAGGACACUGACCGGCUGUUUACAAUGUCGAAGGCGACGUAAAAAAUGUGAUGAGACCAAACCUGCAUGCGCUGGGUGCAGGCGAAAUGGGCUAUACUGCCAAUGGCCAGGACCAGAUUCCGUAGACAAGCGGUGUCGACGAUAUCGAAGAGCUGCCACGCCAAAGUCUCAAUCUCCGCCUGAACUGACUGCUCAUGAUAAUCGUCAAAUUCGGAUUCCAAAAAGCAUCAAGCAUUUCCAUCAUUCAUUUGACCAAAAAGGGUCGAUGCUUGUCGAGUACUGUCUGUUUUCGUUUCUGCCUUCUCAGUACCAUCAAGCUGCAGAUGGCAAGCCUACAGUCGAUCUAUCCUAUCUACGGUAUAUGUGUUUAGAAUCGCACCUAUUGCUGAAUGCCGUGUCUGCGUGUGCUAUGAUCACAUUAAAUACAGCAAGUAAAUUGGACCAGGCAUAUGACUCAUCUCACAGGUUGUAUAUGGCUGCCAUAUCCGAAAUAUCAGCAGGUAUUGCCGAGGGCACCUUGACUGGCACGGAGGACUCUCUUCUGGCAUCAGUCAUAUGGCUCUGUGUGUAUGAAAAUUCGAGAAUAGAGGUCAGACGACAGAGUUCUAUUCAUGCGGAAGCACUACGCCGCAUUCUCCUUUUGCGCGAGCCCAUGGACUUCCAACAUUCCUCCAUGUCAGAACUGGUUUGGGAGCGUAUGUGUGUCGAGUCUUAUAUAUAUCAUAGCGCUGUCACGACAUUGUUUGACGGUCAAGUAAGCUUGAUAGAAGAUACACUUAUGGUACUGAGGAAGUUUGGCACUCGCAUGUCAACUGCUACAGCUGAGAUCGACGUCUUUCAAAAGGCGGAGAGCCAGACAUCGCAAUCCAUUAUUCAGUCUCCAGUUCUUGGAGCUCCCUACCAAAUGUUCCUCUUUCUCGUCGAAGGGACUCGACUUGCACGUGACAUAUGUCCUGGAUCUGUCACUGACGAAAUACUCGCAUGGUCGCGUUACUACGCGGUCUGCAAGAUGCAAUUUACUCUUGAGGAAACUGCUAGCAACUAUUACGGUGACUCCCGCAGGUGGAUUGGGAAGUUGUACGCUGUCGGUAUUCGGGUUCUAUUUCUCUAUAUCCUUUCGGCUUCAGAACUAAAUCAUAACGAAAGCUUAGAACACUACUUGUCCUGGUGUACGGAGUUCAACUUGACUCUGAGUGAAGCUCGAAGAUUGUUGAUAUCAACUAGAGAUGAUAUUGGCAAGACGUGGGGCAAAUUCUUCCUAUGGCCUCUUGCUAUCAUCGGCGCUGUGCUCUAUGAUGCCAGUGAUAUUUCAGUGGUGAAAAGCUGGCUCGAUCGUAUCAUGCGCAAGAGCAACAGUAGCAGCGUUAUGGUCAUCAGAAAAGUACUUGAGGACCGAAUUUGGACUCAACAGCUUAGCCCUGGUGAUUUGGAAAGCCCUCAAAGUUACAUGCAGGGCCUGACGAUUAUGCUGGACACCAACAUUAUGAACGAGGGCGCAGCGUCUCUGACAUAUCAAUUCCCAUUGUAG